UAAAAUCAUUUCGAAUCUAUCUUAGGUUUGCAGUGUCAUUUUCAUCCCCGAACACAUUAACAAAUUAGUCCACUUUUGUUGUUUAUAUUUUCGAAGUCCAAAGCAAUUGGGUUCUUUCCUUGCACAUUCCCCAUCACAAACUAAAAGCGUGUUGAAAACUGUUGUCCUACUACUGUUGGACCAAGUCAUGUGGAAUUUAAAUCUUUUUCCUCAUCUUCAUGAUCAUACAUAGUUCUUUGGGAAAUUAAAAAUCAUAUCAGCAAAAAAGAGAGUUAGUUUUAUGGCUGAGUUCCUAUGGACUUUUGCUGUUCAAGAAGUGUUGAAGAAGGUAUUGAAACUUGCAGCUGACCAAAUUGGUUUGGCAUGGGGCUUGGACAAGGAGCUUUCAAACCUCUCCCAAUGGCUACUCAAAGCAGAAGCUAUUUUAGGUGAGAUUAACAGGAAAAAACUACACCCUAGUUCUGUGAGACUGUGGGUGGAAGAUCUUCAACUUGUUGUUCAUGAAGCAGACGAUCUAUUGGAUGAGCUUGUUUAUGAAGAUCUUCGUACGAAGGUGGAAAAAGGACCGAUUAACAAGGUACGUUCUUCUAUAUCAAGUCUCUCGAAUAUUUUCAUUAUCUUUCGCUUCAAAAUGGCCAAGAAAAUCAAGGCUAUUAUUCAAAAGUUGCGUAAAUGUUACUCUGAGGCCACUCCUUUAGGACUUGUUGGUGAAGAAUUCAUACAAACAGAGAAUGAUCUUAGUCAGAUUCGAGAGACGAUCUCAAAACUUGACGAUUUUGAAGUUGUUGGAAGGGAGUUUGAAGUUUCAAGCAUAGUGAAACAAGUGGUUGAUGCUAGUAUUGACAAUGUUACAUCUAUCUUGCCCAUUGUGGGUAUGGGUGGAAUCGGAAAAACAACUUUGGCAAAGACAAUCUUCAAUCAUGAGGAGAUCAAAGGACAUUUUGAUGAAACAAUUUGGAUAUGUGUGUCCGAACCAUUUCUUAUCAACAAAAUUUUGGGAGCAAUUUUACAAAUGAUAAAGGGUGUUUCCAGUGGCUUGGAUAAUAGAGAGGCUUUACUUCGAGAGCUUCAAAAGGUGAUGCGAGGUAAAAGAUAUUUUCUUGUGCUUGAUGAUGUUUGGAAUGAAAAUCUUGCUUUAUGGACUGAAUUGAAACAUUGUUUACUGAGUUUCACUGAAAAAUCUGGAAACGCUAUUAUUGUGACUACAAGAAGUUUCGAAGUAGGAAAGAUUAUGGAGAGUACUCUUUCUAGCCAUCAUUUGGGAAAAUUAUCUGAUGAACAAUGUUGGUCUUUGUUUAAAAAAAGUGCAAAUGCAGAUGAACUGCCAAAGAAUCUAGAGUUGAAGGAUCUUCAAGAAGAAUUGGUGACAAGGUUUGGUGGUGCACCAUUGGUUGCAAGAGUUUUGGGAGGGGCACUGAAAUUUGAAGGGGUCUACGAGAAAUGGGUGAUGUCUCUUAGAACCACAACAAGUAUACCGUUACAAGAUGAAGAUUUAGUUUUAUCUACAUUAAAAUUAAGUGUAGAUCGUCUACCAUCCUUCUUGUUGAAGCAAUGCUUUGCAUAUUGUUCAAAUUUUCCUAAAGGUUUUAAAUUUAAAAAAGAAGAGCUAAUUGAAAUGUGGAUGGCACAAGGGUUCAUUCAACUACAUGAAGGAAGAAACGAGAUAACGAUGGAGGAAAAUGGAGAAAAGUACUUCAACAUCUUGUUGUCUCGCUCUCUAUUUCAAGAUAUCAUUAAGGAUGAUAGAGGAAGAAUUACUCAUUGUAAGAUGCAUGAUCUUAUCUAUGAAAUUGCGUGUACAAUUUCAAAUUCUCAAAAGUUGCAACAGGAACAUAUUGAUUUGUUGGAUAAAGGAAGUCACACCAAUCAUAGGAUAAACAACGCCCAAAAUUUACGCACACUCAUUUGCAAUAGACAGGUGCUUCACAAGACUAUUUUUGACAAGAUUGCAAAUUGUACAUGCCUGCGAGUUUUAGUAGUGGAUUCAUCUAUUACAAAACUAUCCGAGUCGAUUGGUAAGAUAAAACAUUUGAGAUAUCUCGACAUUUCAAAUUCAAAGAUAGAGGAACUUCCAAAUUCUAUCUCUUUGCUUUAUAACUUACAAACACUGAAGCUUGGAAGCUCAAUGAAAGACCUUCCACAGAAUUUGAGCAAGUUGGUUAGUUUAAGACAUCUAAAGUUCUCAAUGCCACAAACGCCUCCACAUUUGGGUCGAUUGACUCAACUUCAAACAUUGUCUGGUUUUGCAGUUGGAUUCGAGAAGGGUUUCAAAAUAGGAGAACUUGGAUUUUUGAAAAACCUCAAAGGUAGAUUAGAACUUUCAAAUCUUGAUCGAAUUAAACAUAAAGAGGAAGCCAUGAGUUCCAAAUUGGUAGAAAAGAACUUGUGUGAGCUAUUCUUGGAAUGGGAUAUGCAUAUUUUAAGAGAAGGUAACAACUACAAUGACUUUGAAGUGUUAGAAGGGCUUCAACCACACAAAAAUCUUCAAUUCCUGAGUAUCAUAAACUUUGCUGGCCAACUUCUGCCUCCUGCCAUUUUUGUUGAAAAUUUAGCUGUGAUACAUCUAAGACAUUGUGUAAGAUGUGAAAUACUUCCAAUGCUUGGACAAUUACCUAAUUUAGAGGAACUAAAUAUUUCCUACUUACUUUGUCUAAGAAGUAUUGGGUAUGAAUUCUAUGGAAAUUAUUAUCAUCCCUACAGCCAUAAGGUUUUAUUUCCCAAGUUGAAGAAAUUUGUACUCUCUCAAAUGCCCAAUCUAGAGCAAUGGGAAGAAGUAGUAUUCAUAUCAAAGAAAGAUGCAAUUUUUCCUCUUCUUGAGGACUUAAAUAUUAGUUUUUGUCCUAUAUUAACAAGUAUUCCAAAUAUUUUUAGACGUCCUCUUAAAAAGCUACAUAUUUAUGGAUGUCAUGAAGUGACAGGAUUGCCAAAAGAUCUACAACUUUGCACUUCCAUUGAGGAUCUAAAGAUUGUUGGGUGCCGUAAAAUGACACUAAAUGUGCAAAAUAUGGAUAGCUUGUCUCGUUUCUCUAUGAAUGGGUUGCAGAAGUUUCCCCAAGGGCUGGCUAAUCUAAAAAACUUGAAAGAAAUGACAAUCAUUGAAUGCUCACAAGAUUGUGACUUUAGUCCUCUUAUGCAACUUUCUUCACUUGUAAAGCUUCAUUUGGUUAUUUUCCCAGGGAGCGUGACUGAGCAACUUCCUCAACAACUUGAGCAUCUCAUUGCCUUAAGAUCUUUGUACAUUAAUGAUUUUGAUGGAAUUGAGGUUUUACCAGAAUGGUUGGGAAACCUUACCUCUUUGGAAGUUUUGGGACUUUAUUAUUGUAUAAAUUUGAAACAGUUUCCUUCAAAGAAAGCCAUGCAAUGUCUCACCCAAUUAAUCCACGUGGAUGUCCACAACUGUCCGAGUUCGCAGAUUUUGUCCCAUGAUCUAAAGGCCAAAGCUCAUGCCAAAGCAAACUUAGUUCAAUGGUAAUUAAUAUUGUAUUUCAUAUCAUAUUCUAUGAGAUGAGAUAUUGUAGCUACCUUAAAUCUCCAAUAUUAUUUUCACUUGUUUUUCUUGUAUUGAACAAUGCAUGUUCUUUCUUUUUUGUUAGUAGAGUGUGAGAAGACUAACUUCUUCUAUUUUUGUGUA